AUGUUCGCCUCUCCGGCCUCUGUACAGCAUGCUGCUGUCGGAUUCGCUUUGGCGGUUCUCUCUCUCUUUGUGUUGGCAUUCGCUGUCAUCGCCGUGGUUUUGGUCACAAUAUCGAAUAGUUGCUUCUGGAAUUCGGACAAUGAGACUGAUUUCUUUAACAAUGAGGAAUCACCAUUGAAAGACGGCGAAGAAGCGGUGGAUAUUGUGUUGGGUGUGACACCGGAUGAUGCUUCAAUUGUU